GCAGAGGUGAUGGUACGUCAGCGAGGUCAACAGAAAGUGUCAUGUCAGCCUCCAGUGCGGCGUUUCGGUUUCGUCCGGCUACAGCGAUGCUCGGCCUGUCCAUUAGAGAGGUGUCCCAGGCACUGAGGGAUGGAAGGGUGUCUGCCACCGAGCUCUGCAAACAGUGCAUCAACCAAAUACAAAGGACACGUUACCUGAAUGCUUAUAUCACCGUUAUAGAGGAGACGGCCAUGGAACAAGCAAAAAGAGCAGACAACAGGCUCAGCAAAGGUAAACCUCUUGGCCCUCUGGACGGCAUUCCCUUCUCUGUAAAAGACAACUUCUGUACGGAUAACAUUGAGACCACCUGUGCUUCAAAAAUGCUUAAAGGUUACGUUCCUCCAUUCAAUGCUACAGUUGUCCAGAAGCUGCUGGAUCAAGGAGCAGUUCUUGUUGGAAAAACUAAUUUAGAUGAGUUUGCAAUGGGAUCUGGCAGUACGGAUGGGGUGUACGGUCCAGUUCGUAACCCAUGGAGCUAUGCAACACAAUACCGUGAGCAGAGCAAAGAAGAUCCAGAUUCUGAUUGGGCAAUCACAGGAGGAAGUUCAGGAGGUAGUGCAGCGGCAGUGGCUUCUCUCAGCAGCUUCCUAGCCUUGGGAUCUGAUACAGGAGGCUCUACACGAAACCCUGGUUCUCUCUGUGGGGUCGUGGCUCUCAAACCCUCUUACGGCUUACUCUCUCGUCAUGGCCUCAUCCCUCUGGUCAACUCAAUGGACGUGCCGGGAAUCAUGACCAGGAGUGUCCAUGAUGCUGCCACUGUCUUGAGGAUACUGCAGGGCCGAGAUGAGAAAGACUCAACAACUGUCCAGGCACCCAACACCCCACCUAGCCUUCCUGAACACUUUGACAUUAGAGACAUAUGUGUUGGCAUACCAAAGGAAUAUCAUGCUCCGGGCCUGUCUAAGGACACUCUGGCCCAGUGGAGUCGAGUUGCAGCCAUGUUUGAGCAGGCAGGGGCGCGGGUACAAGAAGUAUCUCUUCCACACACACAGCACUCCAUCGUCUGUUACCACGUCCUAUGUUGCUGUGAGGUUGCAUCAAACAUGGCUCGUUUCGAUGGGCUUGAAUAUGGCCAUCGCAGUGCGGUUGACAGCUCCACAGAUGCCAUGUACGCCACCACACGACAUGAAGGCUUCAACAAUGUGGUCCGCAGAAGAAUCCUCUCAGGGAACUACUUCCUACUGAAAUCGAACUAUGAGCGUUACUUUGUGAAGGCCCAGCAAACACGCCGUCUUAUCACUGAAGAUUUUAAAGCGGUCUUCCGCUCUGGCAUAGACGUUCUCCUCACACCCACAACACUGAGCGAUGCACCCCGCUACUCUGACUUCAUACAGGAAGACAACCGAACACGCAGUGCUCAGGAGGAUGUCUUCACCCAGCCUGUCAACAUGGCAGGUUUGCCUGCUGUGACAGUGCCAACAGCCCUUUCACCCCGAGGUCUUCCCAUUGGCCUGCAGCUGAUUGGUCAGACACUACAGGACUGGAAGUUGUUGACAGUAGCCCACUGGAUGGAGCAACAACUCAACUUUCCAUUGGUCCGUUUUCAUGAAGACUCAAAUAAGAGAGAGCUGGACCAAUCAUUCAGAGAAAGGACACAUACAGUAGGAUUAUAACCAACACACAAAGACUGAACGGAAAGAGUUAGGAGGAAAUGAAACCUUUGGCAGAUAAAUUUAGUAUGAAGUGUGAAUGUUUUUUUUGUAGUAUGCACAGAAAAUGCUGCAACAGCACACUGGAUCUAUAGGAGUCUCUAUUUUGGACUUUGGGCUGCAUCAUUCAUUCUCCUUUGCUCACUCAAUUCAAGUGACAUUUAUUCUGCAGGAUUGGCAUAGGUAGAGCCACCGAAUUCAUUACUGCUGAUAAAAGAUAAAAAUGCAAAUAUCUCAAGAAAUCCUUAAGGUUGAAAUUUAUAACUGUUUUAUUUGUCAAACAUUAUAGAGACAAUAAAGUGUGAACCAUAUUUGGGAAAAAGAUUCCAAUUUUAAUAAAUCAAUUAUGUGUGAUAAUUUAUUUUAAUUAAAUAGAAUUGUAUUAUAAACAUAUAAACUCACAUACACGCAACACAUCAUUUUUUGCUAUGCUGUUUUUUUAAAUCUAGAUGAGACAAAAACUGCUGUUUUAGGCUAGUUCUUUUUUUCUUUAUUGAUGAGGAAUAUCAUCAUCAUGAGGAAACAGGGAUUAGUGACAGUGCGUGUCACAUUUUGGUGAAAUUUCAUUGGCAAAAAAUGUCUGUUGCCAACUUGUCAGUAGCGUAGCAAUGUAUAGACCAGAUGUAUAGACACAAAUAAUAUGUAGUGAACAACUUAAGCUGGUUGAGAAAGGGAAUCUUUCACCUUCACGGCAUUCGAUUGUAUGUGAUAUAAUUUAUUUGAAAUAAUUAUAUAUAGCUUUGUAUUAUAAACUUAUUGUGAUCUUAAAAGUGACCUUCUGUAAUCCUUAUAUUGCAGCUCAGUUUUUCUACUCAGUAAUUGUGAAAGCAUAAAAAUAAAUAAUUUAGGAAAAACUUGAGUGAAGGUAAAAUAAAUCUCAUUUAUACAGUCAUACAAUAUGGGCAAGCUUGUAAAACAACUUGUAUUCAAAGAGAAUGGUUGUAAGUCUCCAUCAGAACCAUACUGAGUUCAGUUUGUACCACAACCAAAGCAAAAGUUUGCAAGCAAACCGCAGAUGUGGUGCUGUUUUAACCAUUUUAUGAAAGUGCUCACAUCCUGUUUCUAACGAAUUAAAAUUCUUUCUUAGACCGGAAAUGAGCUUAAAGUAUGUUUAGAUUAUGAAGUCAUUAUUUAUAAUGUAUUUUUAUGGCUAAGGUUAUUAACUGAAUAAGGGAGCUGGCUGUGAAUUAUUAUCUCUCCAUCA